GUGCUGCCCCUGGGUCAGCCAAAGACAUAGACACGCCAAACUCAACACCAACUUCAGUCAAAACAGCCCCAUCACAAUCGACCGCACUACCGACUGUAAACGCCGAAACCACUCAAGCAGCAAUAAACAGCCCCACAACAAAUACCGUCCCCAACCAGAAACCACUGCUGCAUGUGACGUCAUCUCCCGCUGAAGUUUUCCACCUGAUGUCCAUCGUCAUUAUAAACACAAGGUCCCCAGGAGAAGGUGAAACCAUUGCCGAAGUCACACCUUACAACCCACCAGCAGCAGAGGGUACUUACGUCGGCAAAGUACAGGUGAAUGGUAGUGUAUUACAAACACAGGCAAAUGGUGAGUUCGGGUUCCUCAGUCUUAUUUGGACAGCUCCUCUUGACGACCUGGUCGGGACAUAUACGUGCGAGGCCAAUGCGUUGACCCAUUCUGGACGCCUGGUGACUCUCACUGGAUCGCUAGGAAUCCAAGCGAGACAACCUGAAGUCGAAGACCUGGUCCCAUUCAUCAUAGGUUUUGAUAACCGCAUCGCUCAACUCGAGCAGGAAAACCAAGAACUCAAACAUAGACUGGACUUGCUAAAAGUGUAAAGAGAAAUAUUACAUGCAAUUUUCGUAAAAUAAGAUAGACUUCUUAUGCUAUAUCAAUAUUUCUACAUAUCCAUGAUAUCAUAAAGAUUUUUCAAAUAUUGAUGUUUACAAUCAUACAGAAUAUAAAGAUCAUUUCCAC